AAAAAGCAAAAAAUAUUAAGCUGUUCUUUCUCGAGCUUCAAGCCACAGUUUGUAUAAAAUUUAUUCCGAGAAUCUGUAGAAAUAUAUUUUGCACUGGGAUGUGGGAUUUCCUCUUAUUUUUUAGUUCUCAUUCGUCGUGUGUUAACUUCAAUGUAUGUGUAUGUGUCAUUAUUUUUUUAAUGAAUGAAUAUUAUGUUCAGUCUGUGUGCACCUAUAAGUUCCAGGCUUCCAGGUGCGCUAGCAAACAGCAUGCUUUCAUUGCGACCCCGGUAGGGUAAGCAUGCAUCUACUUCAAAGAAGUUAAUUUCGAGUAUUAUGUACACAAAACUUUGCGUAGUUUCGAGUAAAUACAGUAUACUUUUUAAUAAAGGAACGCGAUCAACUCAAGCGCUUUCCGUUCAUAGUCGCCCGCUAUUCAGAAGGAGUCACACACCUGCUACUAGUGCUUCGUUUACCGCUAAUAUGACGGAGGAAAUAAAGUCCGCUGAUGAUCCUCCACUGCGAUACCGUGUAGUGGCCAAAUGUUCCCGAACGAAAGCUCGAGUCGGACUGAUGCAGUUGCGUCAUAGUGAUGUCGAUACACCGGUCUUUAUGCCUGUCGGAACGCAGGGAACCCUCAAAGGAUUACUACCAGAUGAAAUACUGAAGUUAGGUUGUCAAAUCAUGCUGGGAAACACAUAUCAUCUAGGAAUGCGACCAGGAACGGAAAUUCUGGAAAAAGCCGGUGGAUUGCACCAGUUCAUGGGUUGGCCUCGAGCAUUACUAACAGACUCUGGGGGUUUCCAGAUGGUUUCUCUACUUCAACUCGCUGAAAUCACUGAAGAAGGGGUUAAAUUUGAAUCGCCCUAUGAUAAGAGCGAAAGCAUGCUAACUCCGGAACGUUCCAUGGAAAUUCAGAAUGCAAUCGGUGCGGAUAUAAUGAUGCAGUUAGAUGAUGUGGUUAAGACAACCACGACUGGACCCAGGGUAGAGGAGGCAAUGCAGAGAACAAUCCGCUGGUUAGAUCGAAGUAUCGAGGCUCACAGUCGAGAUAAUGAACAAAGUAUUUUUCCUAUUGUUCAAGGGGGUUUGCAACCCGAGCUUAGGAAAAUUUGCGCUGAAGAGCUCAUCAAGAGGAACACGCGUGGAUUUGCUGUUGGUGGAUUGAGCGGAGGAGAAAGUAAAGAUGAAUUUUGGCGUACGGUGCACCUCUGUACGGAUCUUCUACCCGAAGACAAACCGCGCUACCUUAUGGGUGUCGGCUUUGCCGCGGAUCUGGUAGUGUGUGUAGCACUGGGAAUCGAUAUGUUUGAUUGCGUGUUUCCUACGCGUACAGCGCGUUUCGGCUGUGCAUUAACUCGCAAAGGACAGAUUAAUUUAAAACAGCAAAUUUAUAAAACGGACAUGAAGCCAAUCGACGAAAAUUGUGUUUGCUCGACCUGCCAAACCUACACUCGAUCAUAUUUGCAUCACAUCGUAACUGUAGAGCCGGUAGCUUGCAGUAUAGUUAGCAUCCAUAAUGUCGCUUUUCAAUUAAAACUUAUGAGCGACAUUCGAGAGAGUAUCAAGUCAGACACUUUUCCGGAUUUCAUCCAAAAUUUCAUGAAGGAACGUUUCCCAGAUGAUGAGAUUCCCCAAUGGAUUGUGGAUGCACUGGCUGCGGUAAAUGUUUCAGUUUAGGGAAAAUGUUACAAAUAUUGUAGCGUACAACACAUAAUUUAUUUCGAUAGAUA